AUGGGAAACAGCCAAGCGAAAGAGGCUCGCCCCAGCUCCUCCCGGGGGCAUGGGAGGCCGGCGAGCACCCGCCCUCCCGCUUCACCCACCGCAUCCGGUCCUGGCGAGGUCUCGCGGCAUGAGCGAUCAAAUAGUGGGGUAUACAGCUCGCGGAGCGGACGCGGAAGCCGGCAUGACCUCUCCUUCCUCGGCAUUGGAGGGGGCUCUGAGCGCGACCCGGCUCUAGAACCGCGACGGGAGACCAAGGCAGAGCGAGAAGCGCGGAAGCUGGAGAAGGAACGCCAGCUCCGGGUGCAGGAACGCGAGCGGAGUAUCCGCGAAGAGGGCGUCGAUGGCGGCUAUCUCGUCACGCUCGGCACCUACACCGGUCCGGAGGACUUCAGCAAGCCCGUUGUGCGGCAGUUGCAGAUUGAGCGACGACUGGCCCCGUUCUGGAAGGGCCUCAACGACCACGAAGACACUUGGACGGAGCAUCAGCUUGUUGCCGUUGUCAAUGGCUUGCCUCUCCCUGCGCCUGACGACGUUCCUCCAGAAGAGCCUCCUCGGCCCAACAAUCUCAGUGCAGAAUGGAAUCCGCGCAGCUCGAACCCGAACAUCAAUAAUCUUACAGUCCCAAUUACAGGCCGCUCCAUGUCGCAGAACUCAGAUCGCUCAGCGACUCUGUCGCCGUCACAUCCCGCCUUCUCACUUCCCUCGCCCACCUCACCAAUCGCCGCAUCGCCAUCUUCGUCUCCUUUCUUCCGUGGACGUGCAAAAACACUAGCUGCACUUACAACAGGCUCCCGCAACAACUCACAAACCGAGAUGACACCGCAAGAGAUUCAGCUUCCAAAGGACCCCUAUGUCAACGGCCAGCGCAUCGAAGCUUUCCUGUAUAAGAACGCCUCCGAGUGCCCUAUAUGCUUUCUAUAUUACCCGCCGUAUCUCAAUAAAACGCGAUGCUGCGACCAAACAAUCUGCUCGGAAUGCUUCGUGCAGAUUAAGAGACCUGAUCCUCAUCCCCCAGAGCACCAUGAUCCGAGCAAUCCGCCGGCCGAGCCACAGGAAGAUGGUAUGUUGGUAUCAGAACCGGCGUGUUGCCCUUUCUGCGUGCAGCCCGAGUUUGGUGUCACAUACGAACCCCCACCGUUUAGAAGAGGGCUGGCGUACGCUAACCAAGGCCAACAACCGUUCGCCAGCGCAGCGUCUGCAAUGUCCUCGACGUCGUCGCUGAAUUCGCAGGGACUCACUUCUCCAGGACGGAGGAGAGCGGCAUCCCUUGCAGCCACCGAUGCCUCGGUUAUCACGACUGAUCGUGUACGACCCGACUGGGCAAAGAAGUUGGCUGACGCUAGGGCGCACGCUUUGCGAAGGGCGGCAGCGGCUACGGCCCUGCAUAACGCUGCUUACAUGAUGGGCAAUCUCCAGUCAGACAGUCGCGGCUUCAGCCUAGGGCGACGAAGGAGAACGAUGUUCGGCAACGACAGUGUUAGUAGCAGCGGACAUGGCACCCCUCGUCGCGACGGCGAUGUAAACGCUCUUCUUGUAGCAGCAGCAUCUCAAGGAUCAUCAAGUCGGAAUGAGGGGCAAAACGAUCUACUUCCUGGCCGUCAUAGUUCAAGAAGGGGCAACAGGCUUGAAGAUCUCGAAGAGCUCAUGAUGAUGGAAGCUAUCCGGUUGAGUCUUGCUGCAGAAGAAGAGCGCAAGAAGAAAGAAGAGAAGGAAGCCGCGAAGGAAGCAAAGAAGGAAGAGAAGAAGAAGGUCAAGGAGGCGAGGAAAGCUGAGAAAGCUUCGCGGAAGAGCGGUUUCUUUCCCUUGGCGGUUCAGGAUGGGGCCGAUGAAGACAUUGCGGGAAGUUCAUCAUCUGCUGCAGGAAAAGGAAAGGCAGUAGAUCGAUCAGGUGGACACGCCGGGUUCAAUCCCCUAUGUGAGCCUACAUCGACAGUGAACGCGCCUUCAUCAAAACAGGAUCCGCAAAAGCAUCUGGAGCAAAGUCGCGCGCACAUACAGAGAGAAGCAUCGAGCACAGGGGCGCCGAGUCCGUUCGAUCCAUUCUCCGAGCAACCAUCGCACAGGGCUGCUCUCCGAAAUCUCUCAAAUGCCUCCUCUUCAGCAUCUUCAUUUGCCGAAUCACUGCAGGGCUCUCUUCGUCAUGACAGUCAAGGUACUUUUGGCGCAUCGUCAUCGUCCUUCGGGCCUAGUCCCAACGUCUCUGGCGUUAGUAUAAGCGCCGACGACACGCCUCCCCACGGAACGCCUGGAACUGAACCCAUGUUCAACUUCAGGAGCCUUGCGGAAGUGAUCACCAAGGAAGACGGCAAGAACGUGGACGAACCGCAGCAUAUUGAGGAUGUUGGGAAGGGCAGGGUGGAUGACCCAGAGCCGGAGCGGAGCCAGGCUUUUGUCGCGGACGAUGCGAACGGAGAGCCGGCGAUGCCAGCUCCAGAUAUUGCUAUACGGCCUCCAGAGGCUCCCAAAAUACCCGAGAUCGAGCCCACCUCACCUCUGGAGGAGAGCGUGAUGACGCUAAAGCCGACGCAACCGGCCGCUGCCGCUGAGGAGGAUGAAGACGAAAUCAGCUCCGCUCCUCCCGUUGAACUCGUGUCGAAUCACCCCAACCAUCUGGAUCAGAAGCACAUUGGGGACGUCAGCAUGGUGGACAGGAUAGGGGGGCACCAGCCUACCCAGUAA